AUGAUAAAUGGUAGGAAAAACAGAAGCGUAAAAACAAAAAACUACAUUAUCAAUGUCAACUGCUACACGUGGAUCAACAACAGCCAUGGGCUGUUCGAUUAUGAAAGUGAAAAUUUUUACAAAAAAUGUUUUAAGAUAAAGUGCCUGUACAAUUACUACUACAUUUUAAAGGAUGACAUUAACGUGGAAAUUAAAAAUGAAGAGGAAAUAAACAAAAUUAUGCUGAAAAAUUCCAGCAUGAAAUUGAUAUGUAAAAUAAAGUAUAUAAAUAAUAAUUACCAGUUGAUACCCUGUAUUGAGAAUACGGGUGACGGGGGGGGGACUGCCCUCGCCCAGGCGCCCGGGGGCAGCGCUGUGCCCAACACUGACGGUAACGAGAAUGCAGGUGUGAGCGGGGUUAGCGGCGGUAUUGGCGGCGUCAGCAGUAACAACGCUGGUAACAACGGCGGCAACAACGCUGGUAACGGUGAUCGCGUGGAGGGCGAGCAUGGAGACGGCGCGGACAACUUCUGGGUCAUCGUCAAGUACCUGAAGAACAAAAGCUCCGUUCUGCACGAAGACGACAUCAUAAAACUGGGCAGAGUUAAACUGAAAAUAAAAAAAAUCAUCACCAAUGUGCAGCAGGAGAGGGAGUACAACAAAUCUUUGUCCCCCUUCGACGAUGACGAAUGUGAAACGGACGCCCCGGAAAUGGCUGCCCCGGGGGGUAGUGUCCAUGGAGUGCUUCACCGUGGGGGUAGUGGCCCAGGAGUGCUUCUCCACGGGGGGCCUACUGCCGGGAUGGAACAACACCCCACGGGGGGAAACGCCCCAACUGAUAAGAACACCAUCUCGAACAACUACGUUAGUGGAAGCAUCAACCCGCAUGUCUCCCUGCGAAGUAGCCAAAUGGAGGAGGACCAAAACGUCUGCAUUAACUGUGGCGCAGUCAGUAACGGGGUGGAGGAGAGCUACAACUUGUAUGAUGAUGUGGACGAGGGGGACGAAGUCAGCGAUGCGGUGGAGGGGAGCGAGCCGCCCAGAGAGGGGGAGAACUUCCCUGGGAGAAAUGCCAACUUAAACAGGGGUGAAGCGAACAGACCACAAGAGAGUGACAUCAAUUUAGCCUCCAACAAUUCCUACGUGGACGAUUUUUAUCUUUUUAAGGGAAACGCGCUGAAUGGGGAACUGAGUGGAGAGUGCCGCAAAGGAGGGAGAGACGCACAGAGUAAGAACGGGCAGAAUGAAGACGACGUAGCAGUGUUUAGUGAGUCCCCAUUUGGUGGGGUGUUAAGCCAGCCCUCAAAGGGGAAGACGCAGGGCGGAGGUGGUAGCCCCAUUGACCAGCACAGUAUGAAGUCACUACGUGCGAGGGAACAUGAAAGUGGUGCGACGAACCGAUUGGUGGAACCGAAGGCCAACUGCAGUGGUGCCAUAAGCCAAAUAAACGACGGCGGUGGGGGGACGAAUUGCAAGAGGGACAAACCGGAGGGGGAAGCAAACCAGACGAAGAAUACCUCGACAAACGAGAACGCAGCUUCGGCUAACUUAGAACAACCCCCCAUUGAUUCGCAUGGGGGGCACGCAAACUGCUCAGGGAGUAGCCCCAAUUUGGGGAACCUAUCAGGGGAAAUAAAUUCUCUACGUAGUAAAGCGAGUGGGAGUAAUGCCCCCUCUGGAAAUGCCGCUUCAGGAAAUGCCCCUUCAGGAAAUGCCGCUUCAGGAAAUGCCGCUUCAGGAAAUGCCCCUUCAGGAAAUGCCGCUUCAGGAAAUGCCCCUUCAGGAAAUGCCGCUUCAGGAGGAGUCCCCCCGAAUAGCAGCAGCAACGCCGUAAACUUCGCGGAGUGCACGAACGAGCUAGGAAGAAGUGGCAGCAACGAGGACUCAUUCAGAUUUAUGCGAAAGAGAACCACCUGUAUGAGCAUAUCCUGCACCAGCAGAGGGAAAAUCGCGUCGACAGCGGAUUACCAAACCAUCCAAUCGAAAGAUCUAACGCAGCAAAAUAAAAGUGAAGUGGGGACGCCCAGCAUGUACAACUGCAGAAUAUGUUUAUGCGAAUAUGAAAAUGAAAACAACCCGUUAAUAUCCCCAUGUAAAUGUAAAGGCUCUAUGAAGUACGUCCAUUUGAAUUGCAUAAGAACGUGGAUGAGGGGAAGAUUAAACGUGAGGAGUGAAUGCUCUUCCUACUCCUUCUUCUGGAAGCAACUAAAUUGUGAGUUGUGUAAAUUCCCCUACCCAACUUAUAUUUUUGCGCAGAACAGAUACUUGGAGCUGUAUGAAAUCCCCAAGCCAGACCUUCCCUACAUCAUCAUAGAAUUAAUGAAUGAUCGAAACAAGGGGUUUUACAUAGUCAGCUUGGCUAACACCAAAUGUGUUCGAAUGGGUAGAGGCCACGACACAGAUGUACGCGUAAAUGACAUCUCCGUUUCGAGGUUCCAUGCCAUGAUCAAAUUUUACAAUGGAAAUUUCUACAUAGAAGAUUGCAAAAGCAAAUUUGGAACCCUCAUUCAGAUAAGGAAGCCAGUUUUUUUUAACAUCAGACGAAAUAAAUUCAUCGCUUUGCAAAUCGGAAGAACGGUCAUGUAUGUUUAUAUGAAGAGGAAGAAUUGGAUUUUUCUUCCCAUCUGUUUGAAGCUCUCCAAAACGAAGGAUGAGGAUGUCAGCACGCUGGAUAACUUCUCCUCCAAGUUGAUGAUUGAUAAUAAUAUGCAGCUGGAAAACAGCAACUUUGAGUACAACCGAGAAGCGGAGGGGGAAGCAGACGCGGGAGCGGCUAAUUAUGAGCGUGCGGACGAGGCGGUGCAGGAUCAGGUGGUGGGCAACCCUGUGGUGGAAAAUCCCUUGGUGGAUAGCCGCAUGGUGGACACAGCUGGCGCAGUUGAUGCCGCCGUGGGGCCGGAGGACCUGAACGAAGCCGACACGCACAACAACAGCAGCGCGCAGGAGCUGAACCUGGACAGCACGGGCAGCAUCGAAAACGCCACGCCCAGCGCGCCCGCCGGUGCGCCGCGCAACCCCGACGACGCUGCGAAGGGUGGAGGCCCGUACGAGGGAAGCGGCGGGGGUAGCGGUGGUGGUAGCGGCGGUGGUAACAGCGCGGACAGCAGUGCCUCCCGGAACGUUAUGAAUGGAGGCGUCGCCCCCCGUUAUUAUUAA